GAAAAACCGGGCUAAACAAAAAACACACACGUAGCUCUGCACACAGAUAAUAGAUAGGUAGCAGGAGUUUCAACUCACAGCUCAGCCCCUCGAACCCAUCCAACCCAACGCAACCCUCCAUUAGGCGAGAACGCACGCUGUCGGCGCUCGUUUUCUCUUUCUAGCUUCUUCUCAAACUCCAGCUUGUCUUCCUCUCUCGAAAGCCAUUCCAAUUGCGUCUGAGCAUACCUCUCUCUGUCUCUCUGUGUGUGUGUGUGUGUGUGUGUGAGUGAAUUUGCUGCUUUCUCUAGCCAGAGGGGAAGGAGGAGGAUACAGAGGAAUGGAGUCGACAGAGUCUUCAUACGUGUCGUCACCGGAGGCCCCGCGCAAGAGAUCUCCGCCGCCGCCCAAGUCGCCGACUUCAGAUUCUAUGGAGAAGCCCACGUACCUCAAGUUUCUUGUAUCAAAUGCUGCAGCUGGUUCUGUUAUUGGAAAGGGUGGCUCUACAAUAACUGAUUUUCAGUCACAAUCUGGAGCGCGAAUUCAGUUGUCACGCAACCAUGAAUUUUUUCCAGGGACAACUGAUAGGAUUAUUAUGGUAUCUGGAUCAAUUAAUGAAACACUCAAGGCUGUAGAACUGAUUCUUGCCAAAUUGCUUAGUGAGUUUCAAACUGAAGAAGGUGAUGAUGUUGAGCCAAGAACAAAAGUGAGACUUAUUGUUCCAAAUAGCUCAUGUGGUGGCAUAAUUGGGAAAGGGGGUUCUACCAUAAAGUCAUUUAUCGAAGAGUCGCAAGCUGGCAUUAAGAUAUCUCCUCAGGAUAAUAAUUACUUUGGGUUGAAUGAUAGGUUAGUGACACUGACAGGAAAUUUAGAUGAGCAAAUGAGGGCUAUUGAUCUGAUUCUUUCUAAGCUAGCUGAAGACCCUCAUUACUCCCAGUCUAUGAAUGCCCCAUUUUCAUAUCCAGGUGUUUUCUCCUCCGGUUUUCAUGGUAUUCCAUAUACACAUGUGCUUCCUUCUGUUGCAACAGCGGCCCAUAAUGCUAACUAUGGAUCAAAUGGAGCUGGUGGGAAGUUUCAGAACAACAAGGAGGAUCGCAGUAACUCGGUGACUAUUGGCAUUGCAGAUGACCAUAUAGGCUUGGUUGUUGGUCGUGGUGGAAGAAAUAUAAUGGAAAUCAGCCAGGUUAGUGGGGCUAGAAUAAAGAUAUCAGAUAGAGGUGAUUUUAUGUCUGGGACAACUGAUAGGAAAGUGACAAUCACGGGGUCACAGAGAGCAAUCCGUGCAGCUGAGUCGAUGAUAAUGCAGAAAGUGGCCUAUGCUUCUGAGAGGGUCAUUGAUUAGCUUUAAAAUAUUCCCCCCCAACCAAAAUUCUGGUUGACAAUCUUGUGGUGGACCUACCUGAAAUUCUCGUUAUACAAUUUGUCAUUUUUUUUUUGUUGAAAUGUUCUCACAUGAUGAUAUCUGUUGGGAGAAAUCUGCAUACUUUGGUAGGGGCAGGAGCGGGAAACUUUCUUUUUGCUGAGAGAGAUCAUUGUGCUAGGAAUUUGUAUGAGAUCACGGAGUAAUUUAUCCCAAAGGAAGUGUUGGAAGAGGCCAUUGUUGAUUGACCAUAUAGAAUGAUUAGCUUUGCUUCGAUCUAUUUACAGUUGUAAUUUCUAAAUGAGCAAGUAUAUUUUGUCUA